CGCAGUACAUCUCCGUCGCCAUCAUGCAGCUCACAAAUCUCUUCUCCUUUCUCUGUCCAGCUUUAGCUCUCCUUAUAAUGGCCGGCCGGAGAUAGCUUUGUGUGCCAUGCGAGGCCACUCCUCUUUCUCUAGUUCUGCUCCAUUGGGCUGCUGGCUGCAAGAUUCCCAAGGAAUUCUUCAUCUUCUUAUUCUUCACCGACGAUCGAGACCAGCUAGGUAAUGGGAUUCCCGUCGCCGGUGUUCUCGGAGUCAGAGGUGCCCAGGUUGCUGCUCAACCUCGUCUUCCUGCUCGCCCGCCUCCGCCGCCUCUCCUCCUGGCUGCUCUGCCUCAUCGGCGCCGGCGUCCACGACGACCGCAGCUUUGACCACCCCACUACUCCCGGCAUCACCAACGACCACCAUCAUCACCAGGGUCAGUACGAUGAUUCUGAAGACCGCUGCCUCGAGGAGCUGGUGAAGCAUUCCCCGGCCAUGCGCUUCGACGCGUUCUCCGGCGCCGGAGACGAAGCUCUGCUGCUGCCGGAGGGGUGCGCGGUGUGCCUCGGCGACUUCCACUGCGCCGCGUGUGUGCGCCGGCCACGCGGGUGUCGGCAUGUCUUCCACCGUGCCUGCCUCGACCGCUGGGCCGCCCACGGCCACAGCACCUGCCCGCUCUGCCGGGCACCCUUCCUCCUGCCGCUGCCGCUCCCGGCGUCGUGAUUCCCGCGCCCGUGGGGUGUUGUUUGCAUAAUCCGGCGACUGCAGCAGCUGACUUCUGAGAAGAGUGUUCCGGAUUUGUGGCUUUCAGUUGAGUUUUUGUGGAAACAAACCCAAUCCCAUGGCGGUGAGCUGUCCAAUUAUUUUCUGAUCGGCCCCUCCUUUGAAGAGAUCAUCACAAUAACAAAUCUACUGACUGAAAUCCCUUGGUCAAAUUAAUUUCAAGCUUCAGUUAAUUUGGAUUUCGCUCAAAUAAAAUCGGUACAACAACAACAACAACAACAGAAGAAGAAGAAGAAGAAGAA